AUGACCGAACCAACCUCUCAAACCCACCACAUCAAACCCUCGGAUUUAACAACCUUGGUCCAAAACAUCCUCAUUGGCAACGGCGUCCCCAGCGACAAUGCCAAGAUCGUCGCAGACUGUCUCGUCCAAGCUGAUCUCCGCGGCGUAGACACGCACGGUUCCAAUCGGAUCCCAUCUUACAUGGAGCGAGUCCGCCAAAAAGUCCUGGACCCAGCUGCCUCACCACAGCUGUCACAAGUCACCCCUGUUGUUGCCCAGGUUGACGGGCACAAUGCGUUUGGGUUCGUCGCAGCGCACCAGGGCAUGAAGCACGCUAUUGAGAUGGCCGAGGUGUACGGUAUUGGCAUGGUCUCGGUGAAGCAUUCGAACCAUUUUGGAAUGUCGGCGUGGUUGGUUCAGCAGGCUGUUGACGCGGGCAUGUUAUCUCUUGUUUUCACGAAUUCAUCCCCCGCACUGCCAGUUUGGGGAGGCAAGGAGAAGCUCAUGGGUGUAUCGCCUAUUGCGUGCGGUGCGCCAGCUGGGAAUGAGCGUCCGUUUAUCCUCGACAUGGCGCCGUCCGUGGCAGCACGGGGGAAGAUCUACAAAGCCCUCCGACGCGGGGAGAAGAUCCCCCAGGAUUGGGCGUUGGAUGCGGACGGGAACAGGACCGAGGAUCCGGCCAGAGCGCUAGAGGGUGUAAUGCUUCCGAUGGGCGGGCCUAAAGGAUCAGCACUCUCGAUCAUGAUGGAUGUGUUCUCGGGGGUGUUUUCGGGGGCAGCCUUUGCGGGACAUGUCACCAACCCGUAUGAUCCGUCGAAACCGGCGGAUGUGGGACAUUUCCUGGUGGCCAUCAAACCGGAUCUGUUCAUGAGUGUUGAGAAUUUCAAGUCCCGGAUGGAUUAUCUGUAUCAGCGCGUGGUGGGAUGUGAGAAGAUGGAGGGAGUGGAUCGCAUCUACUACCCGGGGGAGAUUGAACAGAUCACGCGGGAUCGACGGCUGGAAGAAGGAAUUCCAUUUACGGAAGCCGAGAUUGCGGGGUUGAAUCGCGAGGCGGAGAUGGUUGGAGUGGAGAAGUUGAGGUAUGAAUAG